CGCGCGAGGGGCCACUGCUUCCGGUGCGCGCGCGUGGGGGGACGCAGGGCAGGGGCAAUGGCGGAGGGCGGCGCGGAGCGGGCCGAUGGCCGCAUUGUGAAAAUGGAGGUGGAUUACAGCGCGACGGUGGACCAGAGGCUGCCCGAGUGCGAGCGGCUGGCGCAGGAAGGAAGAUUACAAGAAGUAAUUGAAAACCUUCUCUCCUUGGAAAAACAAACACGAACUGCAUCUGACAUGGUCUCCACAUCUCGUAUCUUAGUUGCUAUAGUGAAAAUGUGUUAUGAAGCUAAAGACUGGGAUGCUCUUAAUGAAAAUAUUAUUCUUCUAUCAAAGAGAAGAAGUCAAUUAAAACAGGCAGUUGCUAAAAUGGUCCAGCAGUGCUGCACUUACAUUGAAGAGAUCACAGACUUACCAGUCAAACUGCGCUUAAUUGACACGUUGCGUAUGGUUACAGAAGGAAAAAUAUAUGUGGAAAUUGAACGUGCUCGCCUGACAAAGACGCUUGCAACAAUAAAAGAACAGAAUGGUGAAGUGAAAGAGGCUGCCUCUAUUCUGCAGGAAUUGCAGGUGGAAACCUAUGGUUCAAUGGAAAAGAAAGAACGUGUAGAAUUUAUCUUGGAACAGAUGAGACUCUGUCUAGCUGUAAAAGACUAUAUUCGGACUCAAAUUAUCAGCAAAAAAAUUAAUACAAAAUUUUUUCAAGAAGAAAACACAGAAAAACUAAAGUUGAAGUAUUACAACUUAAUGAUUCAGCUGGAUCAACAUGAAGGCUCCUACCUUUCCAUCUGCAAGCACUACAGAGCCAUUUAUGAUACGCCGUGUAUCCAGGCCGAAAGUGAAAAGUGGCAGCAGGCACUGAAGAGCGUUGUUCUUUAUGUUAUUCUUUCACCUUAUGACAAUGAACAAUCUGAUCUGGUGCACAGAAUCAGCAGUGACAAAAAGCUAGAAGAAAUCCCGAAGUAUAAAGACCUCCUAAAACUAUUUACCACCAUGGAAUUGAUGCGAUGGACUGCCCUGGUUGAAGAAUAUGGUAAAGAAUUGAGAGAAGGAUCGCUUGACAGUCCUGCAACAGACGUUUUUGGCUGUACAGAAGAAGGUGAAAAGAGAUGGAAAGAUUUAAAGAACAGAGUUGUGGAACAUAAUAUUAGAAUAAUGGCUAAGUAUUAUACCAGAAUUACAAUGAAGAGAAUGGCACAGCUCCUUGAUCUGUCUGUUGACGAAUCGGAGGAGUUCCUGUCUAACCUAGUAGUUAAUAAGACUAUCUUUGCUAAAGUAGACAGGCUGGCAGGAAUUAUCAAUUUCCAGAGGCCGAAGGACCCAAACAAUAUACUCAAUGACUGGUCUCACAAGCUCAACUCACUAAUGGCUCUGGUUAACAAGACCACGCAUCUCAUUGCCAAAGAAGAGAUGAUACAUAACCUGCAGUAAGGUGCCUCAGUAAUCUCAGUGCUUUUAAAGAAUCUUCGUAAUAAAGACUUAUUACAGUGUGUAUAUGGUUUGUUUUCUCCCUGUCAAGCCUUCCUGGUUUAAAAUUUAGAACAUAAUGCUGAAAUUCCUGUUGACAAUUAAGUUCCCUUGGUUAUUCAUUCAGUUGUUCAAUGUUUUCACUAGAAUUGCUGAAAGAACAUAAUAAAACUGUAUUGCCUGUAUAAUAAUAGUUUUGUGAUUUCUUCUUUUCCAUGUAUACUUUUAUCUAACAUGUAAUUCUGUGGUUACUUUAUCACAGGAGUUUUUGAGGCAGUGAUUGAGAGGAUAUACUGUAAAUAAGAAAAUACUAGGGCUUUACAGUAACAUGCAUUGAGGUAAUUUACAAUGAUAAUAUCGUGAUGUUAUGUCAAGAUACUGUUUGAACAAAGUUCUGGAUGUUCAUGCUUGCGAAUAGUG